ACUACGGCAAGCUAAAAGCCAGUUCUGUUGAUACUUUUUUAUAUCGUGCUUUUGCAUCACAGUCCUAAAUUGCACAACAUGGACUUAUAUUUUCUGUGACAGCAGUUUGCGUCUUUUUUUAGCAAGAGGAUUUCAUCUUUUUCCAAGCAAACAAAAAGGCACAAGUAUUACAAAAUGUCCAAAUCAUUUCAGUUGCAACUGAGCUCCAUAAUGGAGAUAAUGACUAAAACGGCAAUGGAAGAAAUAUGCAAACUUGUAGACGGUGAUUUUGCGUUUUUACGACAAGAGCUGUCACGGGUUAUGAGUGAAAAUACAGUUCUUAAAGACCAAAUGCUCUGUCUCGAGAGUGAAGUGGAAAGCACGCGCGUCACAAAGGAAGAAACACGUGCUGGCUCCAAAAUAUAUCGCUCUAUUUGUGUUCAAACAGAAUAUGGAGUGCAGCCCUCCAUCAAAGGGAUAUUUGGAAAGGAGUGGUGUUCCAGUUUGUGGGAUCAUCAGAUUGAGCCAAGAGAAGAUACGCUGGCAAUCGAUGACGACCUCUAUCCUGUAUCGCCUUAUAAGCACAGAGACCAAGACUGUUCCAACCAACUUUUUAUUAAAGAGGAGAAUUUAGAAGUGGACACUUAUGCCAACUAUAUAGGCAAAAUACCCCAAGUGUCAAGAGGACAGUUACACUCUUCUGUAUUUGAGCCCUUCGCUGUUAAUCGUCCAGAGAUGACAGAAUCCAAUAAAUUCAACAAACGUUUUGUGCUCGAUGGAUUUCCAGAGAUGUCUGAAAUCCAAACCACAUCCUCCAAUUCCUCAGACAAACACUCCAUAGAAAUCACAGUUAUUGACGAAACUGGCGAACAAUUAAUGGCACCAAUUGAUGAUUCAGUGGAAUCUGAUGGCUACUAUAUUCUCGAUGAAUUUUCAGACCCAGGACCAUCUGAGGCCCAGAACGAUGGAAGAUCGCAGGAGAUAUAUGGAUAUGAUGCAACCUCUACAGAAAGCUGUGUAAAAAGAUUUAAGGAUUUGCAGUGUGUUAUGGCAGGCAGACGAAAGAUUUACUCAGCCAGGGAAGUCAUCGAGUACAUUUGCCUUCCUGAUGGUGCUUUAUCUGACACAGAAUCCAUUCCAGACGAUAAAAUUGCUGAUCCAGAUUUUGAGGAAUCUCCUGAAGCAUACGAGUCUGACUCCAGCUUUGAUGAUGAUAAGCCAGUGGCAGCAAUACCAAAAGCUAAUCUCAACCACCUUGAUGUUGAAAUUCAUAACAUACAUGCAGACAGUGACACUGAGGUCCCAGAUGACAAUGAACCUCAGCCAGGCCCAGCUCCAGUCAACAAAGAGUUUUCUUGGAGGCAGAGGAAACCCCAGCAGCUGACAUAG